AUGGCAGACACAGAUACUUUUAUCUCUGGUGCAGACGGCAACGAGGUCUUCCAGGCCAAGUACAUCCCCAAACAGACAUCGCCGUUGGCGCUGGACCAUCCAAGCAUGAAGGCGUUCAUUUGCACAUUCCCUCCCUUAGGUCAGGUGACUCAGAUUGACCAAAGUACAAGCACGUUUACGGCUUUGCUGGAGGUGGAUGAGAGCCGCAAUUCCGAUCCAUGGCAACUCUCGUUAUGGCACUCAGAUGGGAAAGAAUGGGUAGAGUGCCCUAUGGACCCUGUGAGGAAUUCCUCGGCCCACCCUACGGCCCUCCAGUCGGCUAGAGAGAGCUCAGGAUCCCCGCUCAGACGCCUCUACUUCACCACUCCUCUUGCAAUUCGAUUUUCCACGCACUUCACUAUAAAAUUCCGUGCCGGUAGUGAUCAGCCAUGGAAGUGGGUGCGGGAUCAUCAGGGAACGUCUGAUGGGACGGUCAUGAUGAGGACUGUGACUUCUCAAGAUGCCGUUUCAGGGGACCUAGGUGAUUUUAUCGAAGGCCUCAAUCCUGCUCUGAAGGCAAAGAACUCCCGCAGUCAGUGUCCUGGUGCCAGCCUUUGGUUAGUUGAGGCCCCGAUCGAAGCAGCCGAUGGAGAGAAGCCAGCAAUUAGGGAUAUCAAACUUGGCCUGCCAUGGGGAAAAGGCAAAAUUUCCAGAUGGUUUGCCCUCAUUCGGAUUUGGUCUCCGUGGCUCGCGCCAAGACAAGGAAAGUCCAUCUUCAAGCUCGAUAAAGAGGCAGUGAUGUCCUCUUUUCUCAGCCUUUCCGGCAAACAUUUGGUUCUCCUAGCCAUCAGCGGAGUAGAUAAUGUUAUGACUCUUUUCAAGAGUGAUAGUGACGGAAAUGUUAUCUUGCGUGUUCGGAAUGAUGGCCAGAAUACGUCCGUGUCGCGUGUUCUCGUUGGUCUAGGAGAUGAUUUCGAGUCAGCCAAUGCUGCUGUGAUGUAUCACGCUAGAGGUAUCGUUGCAGAAAAUAAGACCGCAAGUGGCGAGCAACAAAGGGAACUUGCAGCAUUGAAAGAAGGCGACGAGUCUACCAAACUUUGGGCAGAGAAUUGGUACGAUGGAUUAACUUACUGCACCUGGAAUGCGAUUGGACAACGACUCUCAGAAGAUAAGCUUAUCAAGGCGGUUGAAACACUGGCAGAAAAUAAUAUAAAUGUGACAAAUUUCAUAAUUGACGAUAACUGGCAAGCAAUUGAUUACCGAGGGCACGGCCAAUUCCAACAUGGAUGGGUUGAGUUCGAAGCCGAAAGAGAAGCAUUUCCGAAUGGGUUAAAACACACAGUUACGCGCAUCCGACAAAAACUUCCCAGUAUUCAACAUGUUGCGGUCUGGCAUGCAAUCCUGGGAUAUUGGGGUGGGCUCGCUCCUGAUGGGCAAAUUGCGAAGACCUACAAAACUGUCGAGGUUGUACGAGAGGAUGCAAUGCGACGAAACCUCCCUCUUGGUGGCAAGAUGACUGUCGUUGAUGAGGAAGAUGUCCCCAGAUUCUAUGAUGACUUUUACAGAUUUCUCGCAUCUUGUGGUGUAGAUGCCGUCAAGACUGAUGCCCAAUUCAUGCUCGACACUUUUGUUUCGGCGAAAGCGCGUUCCAGUCUGAUCUCAACAUACCUAGACGCCUGGACCAUAUCAACCCUCCGGCACUUCAGCGUCAAGGCAAUAUCCUGCAUGUCUCAAACGCCCCAAAUCCUCUUCCACUCUCAAUUGCCACAAAAUAAACCUCCGCUCCUUGUCCGAAACUCAGAUGAUUUCUUUCCUGAGGUGCCAACUAGUCAUCCUUGGCAUAUCUUCACAAAUGCACAUAACGCAUUAUUUACCCAACACUUGAACGUAAUUCCCGAUUGGGAUAUGUUUCAAACGGUUCAUGAUUACUCCGGCUUCCAUGCUGCAGCAAGAUGUGUCAGCGGGGGGCCGAUUUAUAUCACUGAUGUGCCAGGGCAGCAUGAUCUUAAUCUUAUCAACCAGAUGACAGGUCCUACGCCACGAGGAAAAACGGUAAUAUUCAGACCCAGCGUGAUGGGUAAGAGCUUGGAUCAGUACAAUGGUUAUGAUGACCAUAACCUACUUCUUGUUGGCACUUAUCACGGUCCAGCGGUGACAGGAACAGGCAUUAUCGGCUUCUUCAACGUCUCUCAGCGUCCGCUCAGCGAAUUAAUUCCAUUAUCGAAAUUCCCUGGUGUUAUUGAAGCUCAGUAUUACAUCAUCCGCGCUCAUUCCAGCGGCUUGGUCUCGGAACCAAUGCAGAUAGUCGAUUCGUCAUCUUUAAUUUACGUAUCUCUCGGAAUCCGAGGCUACGAUAUUCUUUCUGCUUAUCCAUUACGCGGCUUCGUAGAUGAAUCAAGGGCAGAAACGAUAUGGAUUGCCAAUCUUGGGCUUCUGGGGAAAAUGGCCGGUGCGGCAGCUGUUGUUGAUAGUCGCAUCACGAAACUUGAGAACGGGAUGAUUUUCAUCGAUACGAAUAUCAAAGCUCUCGGUGUCCUUGGACUUUAUAUCUCCAAUUUACCAGAAAUAUCGUGGAAGGAUAGGAUGAUGAUUACGGUCCUAGGAAGAGCUAUACCGAUCCACACUAUCGGUAUUAGCGAAGUCGACGAGCAUGUGCUUGAGAUUGAUACCGAGCAAGCAUGGAAGGAGAUGGGUCUCAAGAGCGGAUGGAGUAACGAGGUUGAAGUCAAGAUUUCUAUUAAUCGCGCCCACUAA